AUGGUAUCGUCAAUCAUGAAUACUUCUCACCCUGUCUCUUGCUCAAUAAACAGUGUUAGCUUCGGAUUUCUUGAUGUUUCUGACAUAAAAACACUUUCUGUGAAAAGAAUAGAAAACCCCCAAACUUUCGACACUCUCCUCCAUCCCGUUCCAGGUGGGCUCUAUGAUCUAGCUCUCGGUGCUUGGGCGGACUACAGUUGUACAACAUGUAACCUCAAUGCGACUGGCUGUCCAGGGCACGUAGGCCACAUAGACUUACCUGUUCCACUUUAUCAUCCAAUUUUUAUGGACCAGCUCUUACGCUUGUUGCGUGCAAAGUGUGCAUACUGUCAUCAUCUAAAAAUGUCUCGCAAAGAAGUCAAUCGAUACUUGUGUAAACUUCGACUAAUACAACACGGACUUAUUGUUGCUGCCGAAGAGCUUGAUAAUAUUGACGUCGCACUAGAAAAAAAAGAUGAUGAAGCGGCUGCCUCAGAAUCGGAAGAAUAUUCACCUGACGAAACGGUCAUACGUCGUAGAAAUCAAUUUGUCAAGAAAUCAGUCAAAGCAGCCAAGAUUAAUCCGUGGGAGUGGAAGCGCGAGAAAAAUGAAGCAGUCGCAGAUGUACGUAGAACUCUGGUAAAAAACUUCUUCAAGGAUAUCACUGCUGGCCGGAUAUGUAAUAAUUGCAGUGGAAUUUCCCCAACAUACCGAAAAGAUCGCUAUGUCAAGAUUUUCGAGAAAGAAUUAAGUUUCAAAGACAAAGCAAAAAUGUCAAUGGGAGAUUUUCGGGUAAAGAAUGCUGUUGAAGUACUUGGCAGCUGCAAGAAAGAAGUUGUGGAUGGCGCAUCCAAUGAGGGAAAUUUAGACCUUCAUAUAUCUUCCGAUGAUGAAGAAAAAAAUGAAAAAACACAUGACCAAACCAGAGAGCAACAGACGAACAAAAGCACUGACACAGUCACAGGAGUUCCAAAGGCCAAACCUGAAAAAGCAGCUCAAAGAUACGUUAACGCCAUGGAAGUCAGGGCGCAACUGACUCUUCUUUUUGAAAAGGACCAAGAAAUAUUUAAUCUCAUUUACAACUCACGUUCAACUGUGAAAAAAUCGAUAAAUGUAUCACCAGAUAUGUUCUUUAUCCAGACGCUCUUAGUUCCACCAAACAAGUACCGUCCCGAAGCCAAAACUGGAGAUGGUAGCAUCUCAGAGGCUCAACAAAAUUCUCUUUACCAGUCGAUUCUCAAAAAUUCGGAACAGAUUUCCUUGAUAUUCCAGGAUAUAAUGAAUCCUGACCCAGAGUCCACUUACCGAAAGCGUGAUUUUUUUGAUCUACAAGAAGCAUGGUGUUCAUUACAGGAUUCUGUAAAUUCAUUGAUAGAUAGAGAUAGAAAUCCUAUUCAAGGUGCUGCGGGGAAAAAGACUGAAGAUGGUAUCAAGCAAAAACUUGAGAAAAAAGAAGGACUUUUCAGGAAGAAUAUGAUGGGGAAGCGGGUUAACUAUGCAGCCCGUAGUGUCAUUUCUCCUGAUCCAAAUAUUGAAACAAACGAAAUUGGAGUCCCCCUUGUAUUCGCUAAGAAGCUUACUUAUCCAGAACCUGUAACGAGCCAUAAUUUUAAGGACUUACAACAGGCUGUUAUCAAUGGUCCAGAUAAAUGGCCCGGGGCGGUAGCUAUCGAAAACUUCAACGGACAAGUCGUAAAUUUACGAACUAAAUCUCAGGAUGAACGCCUGGCUCUAGCGAAUCAGCUACUCGCGUCAUCUAGUAAUAGUAUCGGUGCCCGGAAUAAAAAAGUACAUCGCCACCUAACUAAUGGUGAUGUUGUUUUGAUGAACCGACAGCCAACAUUACAUAAACCUUCGAUAAUGGGCCAUCGUGCAAGAGUCUUGCUAGGCGAGAAAACAAUCAGGAUGCACUACGCUAAUUGCAAUACUUACAAUGCAGAUUUUGAUGGGGAUGAAAUGAAUAUGCACUUUCCACAGAACGAGAUCGCAAGGGCAGAGGCUCUACAGAUUGCAGAUACAGAUCACCAGUACCUCGUGGCUACUUCCGGAAAACCUCUUCGAGGGCUUAUUCAGGAUCAUAUCUCUGUAUCUGUCUGGAUGUGUAACCGCGACACGUUUUUCGAUAAAGCUACUUACCAGCAGCUCAUCUAUAACUGUCUCAGACCUGAAAACGGCCAUAUUGUUGGUGACCGUAUAGAAACUAUCCCGCCAGCAAUAAUAAAGCCAAGGCUUCUCUGGACUGGUAAACAAGUUAUAACUACCAUUCUCAAAAACAUAACUCCGGUCGACUGUGCACCCUUGGUUCUAACCAGCAAAUCUCAAAUACCUUCUGAAAGGUGGGGUCCUAAAUCAGAAGAAGGAGUUGUUCACUUUUUCGGAGGUGAAUUUAUCACGGGGAUUUUAGAUAAGUCACAAAUUGGUCCCUCAGGAGGCGGGCUAGUUCAUUCCAUUCAUGAAGUGUAUGGCCCAACAGUAGCUGGUAAGCUACUAAGUAUCCUUGGGCGACUUCUCACGAAAUUUCUUCACAUUAGAGGAUUCACUUGCGGUAUGGACGACCUACGUCUAACGCCACAGGGUGAAAAGAUACGGAAAGAGAAGAUAAAAGAAGCCCAAAAUAUAGGCUUAGAUGUUGCGGCCCGAUAUGUGACCAUGGCUGAUCAAAAACCUAGUAAUACAGACCCAGAGCUUCUAAGAAGGCUUCAAGACGUGACACAUGAUGAUUCAAAACAAGCCGGAUUAGAUAUGAUGAUGAAUAAACGUUCAGGAGAACUCUCAUCCUCAAUAACACUCGCGUGCCUUCCAAGCGGUCUCGUGAAACAGUUUCCUCGAAACCAGAUGCAAAAUAUGACUGUAUCUGGCGCAAAGGGAAGUGCGGUCAACGCCAACCUAAUUUCCUGCAACCUUGGCCAGCAGGUUCUGGAAGGGAGACGUGUACCUAUAAUGGUAAGUGGUAAGUCACUGCCAUGUUUCAAACCGUACGAAACUCACAUAAGAGCUGGUGGCUAUAUUGCGAAUCGCUUCUUGACAGGUAUCCGGCCACAGGAAUAUUACUUUCACGCUAUGGCAGGGCGCGAAGGAUUGAUUGAUACUGCUGUCAAGACCUCUCGCUCUGGAUAUCUGCAGCGCUGUCUUAUUAAAGGUAUGGAAGGUUUAAAGGUUGAAUAUGAUACGUCAGUUCGGGACUCCGAUGGCUCAAUGAUACAAUUUAUUUAUGGUGAGGAUGGAUUAGACGUCACCAAACAAAAGCAUCUCACUGAUUUCAAAUUUUUACUGCAAAACUUGGUUUCUGAGCUUUCUCAAUUAAAUUAUGGCGAAUCUAGAUACAAUGAAAUUUUUGAUAAGAAAGAAAAUAUACUUAAGCGAAUGAAAAGAGCUAUCAGACAUGCUAAGGCUGGCGAUCACAACGGACCUGACCCUGUGCUUUCAGAAUUUAACCCUGGUAGAUAUGCUUACGCGACAUCAGAAAAGUUUUUUGAAUCUCUGACAAAUUACUUAAAAUUAAAUCCCGAUGGCGUGGUUAAAGAUAAACAGCAUCCGAAUGGCGUUGGUAUUCGAAAAGCCUUGGAGCCUGUUCUAGUUGCUAAAUAUUUGCGCUCAGUUGUUGAGCCUGGAGAAGCGGUAGGUAUUGUAGCAGGACAGUCUGUCGGAGAACCAUCCACUCAAAUGACUUUAAAUACCUUUCAUCUGGCAGGGCAUUCAGCAAAAAACGUUACGCUUGGUAUACCCCGUCUCAGGGAGAUUGUUAUGACAGCAAGCAACAAAAUUUCAACACCAGCCAUGACUCUUCGUCUUAACCCAGAAUUAUCUCAUAGUGAUGGAGAGAAAUUCGCAAAAGCUAUCAGCAUUUUGCCAUUAUCGGAAGUCACAAAGGACGCAACUGUGAAAGAACGAAUUGGCAAAGGAAACACGUUCCCGCGAGCAAAAAUUUAUGAUAUCCAUAUACAACUAUUUCCAUCCAAAGACUAUAUGAAACAUCAUGCAAUCAGUAUAUUCGAUGUGCUUAAUACCUUCGAAAUGAAAUUUACACCCAAACUUCAAUCCCUGACCAGAAAAGCUUUUGGUAAAAGAAAGGAAUCUAAUAAAUCAGCAACAGCUGCGAUGCCUGAAAUUGGACAGUCGAUUGGUGUUAUUGAAGAAGGAAUGGGAGCAAUUGAUCGAGAGUCUAUGCAGCAGGCUGGUGAAGAAGAUGACGAUGAAGAUGCUACUAAUGAGAAACAAAAACACAAUCGUACUGAGGCAGUAAGUUAUGCAGAAAACGAUGAGGAUGAUGACAAAGUACAGCGUCAGGCGCAAAAGGAAGUUGAAACUAUUGAGGAAGAGGAAGAAGAAGGAGCUGGAGCUUUAGGACCCAACGAUUCAAGUGAUAGUGAAGAAGAUGAAACUGCUCCUUCAAAAAUAUCAAACUCAUCCUUCAAAGAGCAUGAAGCUGAUGUUAUGAAGAGGUGUAGUGAUAUAUCUAGAUUUAACUUUGAUGAGGAGAAUGGUGAAUGGUGCGAGGUGGCACUCGAAUACGACGCAGACGUUCCCAAGAUUCUCAUGCUUUCCAUAGUUGAAAAGGCUCUUCAGGAAUCUUUGAUUCAGCAAAUACCUGGCCUCGGCGCAUGCAACUUCGAACCAGACGUCAAAGUUAAAGAUUUCGAAAGUGGCAAGUUUAUAAUGAGCUCUGUUGUCCAUACAACUGGGGUAAAUCUAAAAGCUAUGCAAGCCUUUCCACAUAUCAUUAAUCCGAACACCAUUUCAACCAACGACAUAGCCGCUGUCCUUGCAUACUAUGGUGUUGAAGCUUGUCGUGCUGCCAUUAUUCAAGAGCUUCUUGCCGUUUUUGGAGGUCAUAGCAUCAGCGUUGACCCGAGACAUUUAAAUUUAAUUGCGGAUUUUAUGACACGAGGUGGCGGUUUCACCCCCUUCAACAGGAAUGGUAUGAAGGGAAAUGUCAGUCCUUUUAUGAAGAUGAGCUUCGAAACAACCGUUGGAUUCUUGGUAGAAGCUGUCUGUGAUGGAGAUUGGGAUGACUUGUCCAACCCCAGCUCGCGGAUAGUUAUGGGAAAGAUGAGCAAGGUUGGGACUGGUGCUUUUGAUGUUUUCACGCGGGUGCCAACUUCUAAGGCUGAGGAGAUUGCAGUUUGA